AUCUUCUACGGCUUAAAUCUCAAAAAUAAAUAACAAGAGAAUACUAUAGAUUAGAUAAUCCAAAAAUCCGGGAGAAAAACGUUAUUUAAGAAGAAAAAAGUUUUUGAAGGCAAUCAUUUAAGAAGUCAAAAGCAUUUAUUUGAAUUUGUGUGGUAGACGAAUUUUUCAGAUCAAAAUGAAAACUUUUUUGAUUGUUGCGUUCUUCUCUUGUGCUAUAACGGUAGCCUUAGCGGGCAGUUGUGCUGAACAAGCUGCCUGUGCUGCUGGUCAGUGCUGUGUUGGACUCCCGUUUUUCCAAUUUUUAGGAAUCCCUGGAGGAAUCUGCAGAGCUUUGACACCCGCCGGAGGAAAAUGCAAAGUGACUGACAAAGUUGUUCCACUGUAUGGAGACAUGUAUGUAGGCUCAACAUGCCCAUGCGAAGAGGGAUUAGUUUGUGUUCAAGUCAAAAAGAACGAUGGAAUCUGUCAGGCGCCACCACCUCCACCAACCACAGUUGCCCCUGAACCUCCAGUGACAUCUGCAGCACCAGAAGUUCCUGAUGAAAGUAGUGCUUCUGAUGAAGGAUCUGCCUCAGUCGAAGAACCUGCCUCAAGUGGAGAAUCUGCCUCAGCCGAAGAGCCCGCCUCAAGUGGAGAAUCUGCCUCAGCCGAAGAAUCCGCCUCAAGUGGAGAGUCUGCCUCAGCCGAAGAACCCGCCUCAAGUGGAGAAUCUGCAUCAGCCGAAGAAUCCGCCUCAAGUGGAGAGUCUGCCUCAGCCGAAGAACCCGCCUCAAGUGGAGAAUCUGCCUCAGCCGAAGAGUCUGCCUCAAGUGGAGAAUCUGCAUCAGCCGAAGGGUCUGCCUCCAGUGGAGAAUCUGCCUCAGCCGAAGAACCCGCCUCAAGUGGAGAAUCUGCCUCAGCCGAAGAGUCUGCCUCAAGUGGAGAAUCUGCAUCAGCCGAAGAACCCGCCUCAAGUGGAGAAUCUGCCUCAGCCGAAGAGCCCGCCUCAAGUGGAGAAUCUGCCUCAGCCGAAGAGUCUGCCUCAAGUGGAGAAUCUGCAUCAGCCGAAGGGUCUGCCUCCAGUGGAGAAUCUGCAUCUGCCGAGGAAGCCGCAUCUGAUGGAGAAUCUGCCUCAGCUGAAGAUUCUCAAAAUUCUGAAUCAUCUGCUGCAGAUCAAGAAGAGGCAGCAGCAGAAAGUGCAUAAAUUUCGAUUUAAGAUAUUUCCCGGAAACCAGAAAAUGGAUUUAUUUGACCAUAUGAACUAUUUGCUCCAAAAGAGUUGCAGGAGCAAUAAAUUUUUAAAAACUUUUAUUGAAUGUAAUUAAUGUAAAUAAUGUAUGUCAUUCAGCGUCUCAUUAUUUCAAAAAUAUUGUAGUGACAGAUUGAUGUUUUAAUAACAUUGUUAUGGAGAUAGAGAUAAUAAAAUGCUCAUUUUAUUAUUAUAUAUUUGUUUUCUUGAGAUAUAUUUGUAGCCUAAAGUUAUUUUUUGUUUAUAUUAUGUUAAAGCUUGUGAGAAGAAUCAGGAAUUUGUUUUAAAUAAAAGGUUUGAUUCAUGGA